AUUUCUACUCCCGGUGCUACUGAAGACGAAAACAGUGUUACAAUGCUUAGUGUUCAAGUUGUUGGCCUUUUUGUUUUGUGUGCAGUUGUUCACUCUGGCUAUAUUGGCAGAGCAGCUAGGAGGGGAUAUGGAUUAGCGGACAUUCAAAGUUAUCCAGAGUAUAACCAAGAAGCUGUUCCAGUCACUUCAGCUGGAUCUUAUAACUCUCCUCCAAAAUACCAGUAUGAUUACUCAGUAAGUGACCCCCACACCGGAGACCACAAAGCUCAAUGGGAGACUCGAGAUGGUGAUGUUGUCAGAGGCGCAUAUUCGCUAGCAGAACCAGAUGGCAGCACUCGCAUAGUUGAGUACACGGCAGACAAAAUCCAUGGCUUCAGAGCAGUCGUUCGAAAAAUCGGUUUCGCACCAUCUCCACAAGGCUACAAGGAAUUGAAUUCAGUUGAUUAUUUUGGUUUCCACUAGAUGGCGUUAUUUCAAAAUAACGGUUACUGUAACUUUAUAUUUAGGAUUAAGUAUUUAUUUAUGAUAGUUCAAUAAAGGUUUCCAUUAU